UGAGCUAACUGCGAAGAGAUUUGCAUAUUCCAAACGAAUUCCUGCUACAAAGCACAGCUACAGUUACAGAAGAAGACAUCUUAGAGAUGAGAUGGAACCUCGAUGAUCGGGGAGGAUCAGACGACGUCCUGCUUGGCACGAUGAUUACGUGAUGGACUUUCUGGUGCGAAAGUCCACUGUAAAGCAGAGGUUGAGGGCUGGAGAUAACCUUCAACAGCCUGAGGAGAUGGAAGUGCCACCUCCUCAGCCUGUGCUUGAUUUUCCUGAGGAGGAGCUUGAGCAAGCUGAAGAGAUGGCUCUGCCAUCUACUCAGAUUGUAGUAGUUCAUCCUCAGGAAGGUCAAGCACAGACUGUGAAGAUGGCACUGCCAUCUGUUGUGUCUGCAAAAGUUCUGAUCACGGAGGAGAAAGAAGUGACUGUUGAGAUGGAUUUGCCAUCUUCUCAGACUGUUAAAGAUUAUCGUUCCUGGUUCCCACAUAGCUUCGGGCCAUGGCUGAAGGUGAGUCCUCAGUACCGGCCACCACCUAGGAGGAAAGAGGAAAGGCAUCACACAAAGUGGUUUCAACGUAAAGUUUGGAUGUAUCUUCAGACCAUUAAACAAAUGCAGAAAUGUGGGAACCAAUUUAAUUUAGUUGUGACCAGGAUGUGUGACAAUUCUGAAUUUUAUACAGCAGUUCUAAUAUAUGUGACAUAUCCACACUUUAGGAAUCGGAAGAAAUUUUAUCGUGGAGAAUAAUUUUCAUUCUUUUUUUAUUUGAUUGGUGGAUAAACUUUAAUUUCUGUGAUGGACACCAACAAUCAAACGUAUUUUUAAAAAUCGAUGAUGGAGAAUAAAUUUAAAUUGAUCUUCGACAACAAUGGACCAAUGCGCUUGCAUAUAAAAGAAACCUGAUGAAAAAUUGAUAUAUGUGAAUAGCAUUGACGAUAUCUGAAAAGAAAAAAGGACUUUCAGCGGAAUAGUGAUUAUGGUAAUGUAUAUGUAUUGUGUGUGCCCUUUGCGAAGCUAUAAACCAAAAGAGAUAUUAACCUUGCGUAUAAAACUAGUAAUUUAAAUUCAAAAUUUAUGUAUUUAAUGAUGAAUGAAAAGUUGAAAUGAAAACAAUGUCUUUUUGUUGUUGUUGUUGUUGUCCUCGCCAUAAAAUGGUCGGGGUAUUUUAAAUGUCAUCCCUUUCUGUCCGUCAUUGUCAUUUUUCCAGACUUUUUUUGUUUGUUUGUUUUUUUUGUUUUUGUUUUUUUUUUUUUUUUGUUUUUUGAUGUGCUUGUAGAUAAUGAGCUGUACUCUUUUCACAAAAAACCCUUACAGCUGAGCUUAUAUUAAAAAGCUGAUAGCUCGGUAAUUUCUUUGUUCAAUAAAGAAUUUUUUUUCAAACAAAUAUUCACAAUAAAUUUCAAUGUAACAGAAAUAGAGAAAUUUUGUGACCUAGUCUAAUUUAGAUACUUUGUGGACAAUAUUGUCUAAGUUGUAAGAUAUUCUGUGAAAAGAUCCGCUGAUUUUUGGUAUUCUCUAUGUAUUGAUGACUUAAAUUUAAUUAAAAUCGAUAGCUACACAACACGUAACGGAAUACUAGACAAACAUCGCCUUUGUGAAUGAAUAUAUCUUACUGUCACUAUAGGAUAGAAUCGGAGAUGCGUUAGCCAAAGUGUUACUGAAAUAAUACGAAUCACCACACACUGUUGAUAAGCUGACUAUCUUAAACUAAUAGUAUUUUUUUAUGAUUUCAUUUUAACCUGUUGCAUUUAAAAAUUUAAACUUUCAGUACAAUGCAAAUUCCGAACGUGUAAUACAUAUAUUAUCGAAAUAAUAAGUACUUUGUAAAAAUUAUUUCGGAAGUAAAAAUUAAGUUACAGAAUUAUGUAACAUUGCAAUUUGCAAGUAGACUAUGAACAAAGAAAAUUAACGAAAGCCCCUCCCCCCUUUUAAAAAAACAACAACAAACAAAAACAACAAACGCAGGGUGCGCACCCGGUGCGCCGGCUUUGGAUCAGCCUCUACUCGCUUGAUGAUCAUUUUUUUAAAUGAAAUAAUUUUUUUCUCCAAAUUUCCAGCACUCUUUUGUCAUUAGGAUCUAUGUUCCAGUUCAGUGUUGCAUAUAAAAUUCAUGCAUACUUUAAGAAUUUCAUCGUCUCAAAACUUCGUUAAAUUUAAGCCAUUGUUUGAAAAAUCCAGCCCCUUCUAUCUUGUUCGUACAUGUGUAUGAACGGUAUGAGUAGUUGUUGGGAGAUUUCUCAUCGGGUUUACAUUUAUAUGAUUAUAUUUAUGCCGUCUCUGUUUUUGUAUUGCAUUUCAUUGAAAUUUCGUAAAAUAAAUAGAUACAAAAAACUCA